AUGUCUUCCCCCAGCGAGAGAAUCAUUGGUCAUAUGAACAAAGACCACCAAUUGGCUUUGUCAGACUAUGUUGUUGUUUAUGGUGAUGUCAAUCCAGCAAACUUGAUUGAAGAAUCAGUCAAAUUAGUUUCUGUUGAUGAAAAACAGAUAGUUAUUGACUAUGAUAUAAUCAAGCCACCCAUCACUAAAACCUUGUCUCUUUACUGGCAUGAUGCAAAGGAAGAUGAGAAUUUAGAGGUAAAAACAUACGGAGACAUUAAGGGGAAAUUGAUAGCCAUGGCCAAGUAUUGUGCCAACGAACAAGGGUAUGCGGUUAAAAAAUUGACAAAAGUUUAUGGGCCAGAUUUCUUGGGUGCUCCAAUGUACUUGGUUUGGCUUGUCUUGUUUAUUAAUGCUUAUGAUCCGACUAUUUUGAGAAAGUUAUUUGCCAACGACGCCUUAUUCAACAAAUUAAUUGGAUAUUUACCAGGGUGGACAUUCGCUUUUUACCGUGAAUUGGAAAAAAACGCACACAGACACAUAAUUGGGCUCCUGAUUGCACAUUUAGGGGAAAUCUUGUUCUUUACGAAAGGCUACCUUGCUAAAUACAGAGCCCCCGAAAAUCAAAGAUGGGUUUGGUAUAUCAUGAAUUUUUUUGAAGGCUUCCCAGUGAUGCUUAGACUUAGAAGAGUAACUAAAUAG